AUGUACUAUUCACUCUCAUACUGUUUCCUAACGAAGGAUUGUACUCAAUGCGGUCAGUUUCGCUAUGAUAGACUCAACAAUGACCUCAAAUCUGACCUUUGGAAAUUGGCUGCACUUACAUCAAGCGCAAGCUCUUUAUCGGGUCUAGAGAAUUUCUACGUGAAAUCGCUUUCUGCUCACAUUACUCCUUCUCAAAAAAAACAAAAUUUCAACCAUUUACGUUUGUCACAAAUACCCGGUAGAGGCUCGUCUCUACAGUUUUCGAUUUGUUUUGCGCCUGAACCAAUGGUGGAGAGGACGUUUGGGAACGGUGGAGCCCUCUUUCUGGAGAUGAUGUCUCGGAUGGUGGAUAAUCCUAUUUGCUCAGAUCUAUCCAUUUAUUUGGAUUCUGGUGUGCGCAUUUUUGCACAUCGUUUCGUUUUGGCUACCUGGAAUCCCGAUCUAUUUUUGUUGAAGGAAAAUACUACUUCUAUCAACGCCCCCGGAAUGAGCAGAGAUGCAUUGCUUUCGCUUCUGCGUGCUCUCUACACAUUUAACUUAUCGAUUCUCUCCUCCUUAUCUCCUGAGGCGGAGUUUACGCUUGACUGUUGGCAAAUGUUGGAUACUGUUCGCGAUAGGAUUCGAUCUAAUGCCGCCCCUAUUUUCGUGGACACUCCGAAAAGUCCAAAUUCCUCAAACACUCCGGACUUAUUGUCAGUUUCUUCUGACAUACAAGUUGUCAGCUCUCACGAAGUCGAAGGAAUUAAUAGUUCAGCGGAUUUAUUCACAUCGAUGACAAACUGCUCGGCUUUACACACUCCCACGGGUUUCAUAGGAAGUUCUGUUGUAGCAUCUCAUUCGACACCUCAUCACUCUUCUCAAAGCGUCGAUAUCCCGGGACCUUUGGACAAGUCUUUAGACUCUUGCCCAACUUCUCCUAACAAAAGGAACGAUGACAUGGACCAGGAAAAAGAAGUUUUUGAAGAUAACAUCGGCCAUUCGUCUCGUCAAUCGGUUGAAUUCGAUGUCGAUCCUCCUGCUUUCUUUGCUGCGUAUGACUCUCAGCCCUCCUUGCCACUUUCAGAAAAGAGGGUCACCAAACAGCCAGAGGACGUUAGUCCUAUGCCGCUGGAAAUUACCCUCCGUUCGUCGCAAUGUGCACCUUCUGACCACAGCCUCUUUUUCAAAGAUUCUGUACAAACUCCCGCCCCAUUGGCAAAACGUCUCCGGUCUUCUGGGGACUCAGUGGAGGUGGACACUGCCUUCUCAUCCUCUUCACAGCCUAUUGAAACUUCAAGUGACAAAGGCGAUACAAAGAAUGGUAGUAGCGAUGAUGACUGUCAACCAUUGGCUUGCUUCUCUCAACCCCUUCCCACUGCUUCUGAUAAUGCGGGUCGAGUCUCUUCCGUCAUUAACACGAAUGUACCCAUCACUCCAAAACCGGUUUUUGAACAAUUCGGAACACCUGAAUUGAGAAAAGCUCUCUCUGACUACGGUGUCCGCCGUCUGCCGAAAAAGAAGGCCAUUCAACUACUCAACCACAUCUACGACGAGCUGCAUCCAUAUGUGGAAGUACCCUCAAUCCUUGAUGAUAACGAACCAACAAAUGACCUGAAACCUACAGACGCUCCGCUUUUGGAUUGUACAGCUAGAGGCAAAUCAAGUGACAUUGCAAUUGCACCAAUGCCUGCCUGUGAUAAUUCGGUAGGCUUUCUCAAUACCAAUUUGUUCAAAUUUGUCCUUUUUUAUUGCACAUUUAUACUACCAAGCUGUCUGUCUAAACUUCUACCCAAAAUGCAGAAAAUCAUGACCUCUCAUUUAAAACAAUUACGUCCGCUGUCCAUUUCACUGUUGGUUUAUGCAACUGGGACUAUCGCUAUUGAUCAAGGUGAUGCAGGAUCCGGUUCCAAUCCAGAAAAAGAGGCUGCGAAUGACACACUUCGAACUCGAGUGUGGGAGUGUCUGCGCAACAAUGAUCAGCUCUACCUCAACAUCGUGACUUAUGUUCCUUUGGAGUUGGACAGUGUCAAAGCGCAUCUCCGUGACGCCGGUAUAAACGUUGGUCUCCGACGCCUGACGGAUAUGCUUGACGGUUGGGGCGUCACCUUUACGACGCGAAGUCGACACGCUCCCAGACCUGGAUCCGAUGUCUCCGACCCACGAGCAGCGAACUAUUUGUGGUGA